AGUACUCUUACUUGGUUACUUGGUACUCUUACUUGGUUACUUGGUACACUUACUUGGUUACUUGGUACACUUACUUGCUUUCAUUUAUUGGAACUAUAUUUGAUGAAAUGACGUCGUGCCGACGUGGAGAACGGAGAUAUAACAUGUCUCACAACGCCGACCUUCACGCUGCUAAUUUAAUAAAUCAUUCUUUUUAAUCAAUUAACUCCAAUAUAUCGUUAUUUUUAAUCAAUUAACCAACACGCUGCUUGUUAAUUCCGUCACCCGAUUUUUGUUUACCAGACCAAAACAUAAACGCGAUUCUUAAACAUACAUAUUUCCCGAUGAAGAUCUUCCAUUUAGUGUGCAGCUUCAUGAUCUCCAUGUUUCAUCAGUGUGACAACUACUUUGACAAAAAGAAAGCAGAGGAUCUCCGUCAGCGUCCCACAUCAGUGUAAAAAGGUCCACUCCACAACGGAUCCUAUCAGCUUGUGGGAAAAAGGCAGCCGAGCCUGUCUGGCACGUUGGGAUACAUCACUUCAUCUCUGGAGUCUCAUGGCGGCCAAUGGUCUGAUCCGACUCCGCCCCCUGCUGUGUGGCACCCUGGUGAGAGCGCUCGGGUGUCCCACCAGGGUGGACCCCACAUCCUUGCUCCCCGGCGCCCCCUGCCUCCCCGCUGCUGCACGCGCUCGACUCUAUGCCACCAACAAGGCUAAAGCCAAGACCAAGGGACGGUCCUCCAAAGUGAACAUCAGCGCCGCCCUGGUGGAGGACAUCAUCAGUCUGGAGGAAGUGAAGGAGGACAUGACGGGGGUUCUGAGCACGCUCAAAGACGACUUCACACGCAACCUGGGCAUCCGAACCUCACCAGGAGCUCUGGACCACAUCCUGGUGUCCACCCAAGACGGGAAGUUCCCUCUCAACCAGCUGGGCCAGAUCUCCAUGAAAUCCCCUCAGAUGAUCCUGGUCAACAUGAGCAGCUUCCCUGAGGCGACAGCGGCGGCCGCCCGUGCCCUGAAAGAGAGCAGCAUGAAGCUCAACCCUGAAGUGGACGGGUCCUUCAUCAAGGUGCUGGUCCCUAAAGUGACGCGUGAGCACAGAGAGAACUUGGUCAAGACGGCCAAACAGUUGAGCAACAAGGCCAAAGACUCGCUGAGGAGGGUUCGCUCCAGCACGGUGGCGCAGGUGAAAAAGUCCAAGGAGGGCCACUCGGAGGACGUUUUGAGGCUGGUGGAGAAACAGAUUCAGCAAAUGGCCGACUCCUUCUCGGCAGACGUGGACAACCACCUGGCAGUGAAGACCAAGGAGCUGCUCGGCUGAACUAACACCGGGACAAUAUUUCACAUUUUCACCUGUAUCGCCAUCGGCCUUUUUCUAGUCGCUAUCGGCUUUUUUCUUUUCCAACAGCAACAGAAGGACAUGAGCAGAUACAAUAAGUACACAUGACAGCAGUACUUAGUAUUCACACAAUAAAUAAUAAGAACAUGG